AUGUCCGAACGACGAGUUACGCGCAGCGCGACCGGCAAAACGCCCAGGAAAUCCAUGGUCCCUGACGGCUUCGUCGAGACUCCAGGCUCGCGACGACGCACCACGAGAAAAUCUGGCGCCCCUUCUUCAGACGAUCGCUCUCCAUCGCCCGUACAAGAAAUCACCGCUGUCUCCCAAAAGAACAUCACAUGUGCAGAUGGCGACGCGAGGAAGGCCAAUGGUCAUGCCAACGGACAUACCAAUGGACAUGCCAAGGGACACAUGAAUGCUUCGCUCAAGCCCAGAGUCAUUGACGGCUGGCUUGAAGGCUCCGAUCCAAAGAUCGACCAUGAUCCUCACUACGACUUUGGAGGCACACUGGGCGUAUCGGCCAUGAUGCUUGGAUUCCCCUUGCUCAUGUGGUACAUGUGGAUAGGCGCUACCUACUACGACGGCAAGUUCCCAUCUGAGCCAAACAUGUCCUGGUCCCAAUUUGCCAAGCAUCUCUUUCAUCUCGCAUACACUGGCGCAUUCCCGCAUGCAAAGGCCUGGGCCAUAUACUGGACUUUCUUCGUCUUUGAAGCCAUCCUCUACCUGUUCAUGCCUGGAGUCUACGCAAAGGGCAAGCCACUGCCACACGAGGGCGGCAAGCAGCUUACAUACUACUGCAAUGGCGUGUACAGCUUCUAUUUCUCCAUCGUCGUCGCUCUGCUCCUGCACUACACCGGUCUUUUCAAAAUGUACACCUUGAUCGACGAGUUUGGCCCCAUCAUGUCAGUCGCCAUCUUCACCGGCUUCAUCGUCAGCAUCAUCGCUUACGUCUCUGCUCUCGCUCGUGGAGCCCAACAUCGCAUGACUGGCAACCACAUCUAUGACUUCUUUAUGGGCGCCGAGCUCAACCCACGCAUGUUUGCCUGGCUCGAUUUCAAAAUGUUCUUCGAGGUCCGCCUUCCAUGGUUCAUCCUUUUCUUCACUACCCUUUCCGCAGCUUUCCGCCAGUACGAGACCUACGGAUAUGUUACUGCUGAGGUCGGAUUUCUCCUGAUGGCUCAUUGGCUCUAUGCCAACGCCUGCUGUAAGGGAGAGGAAAUGAUCGUCACUACCUGGGACAUGUAUUACGAGAAGUGGGGUUUCAUGCUCAUCUUCUGGAACUUGGCUGGUGUGCCUUUGAGCUACUGCCAUUGCACUGUCUACCUGGCCAACCAUCAUCCAUCCGAGUACCAAUGGUCAAAGCCGGUCCUGUUCUUCCUCUACGCCGCCUACCUCUUCGCAUACUGGGUGUGGGACACCGGCAAUAGCCAGAAGAACAUGUUCCGUUCCAUGGAGAGAGGAUACCACCAGCACAGAAAGACCUUCCCUCAGCUGCCAUGGAAGUAUGUGGAGAACCCACAGUCGAUCAAGACCGAGACUGGCGAUUCCAUCCUCGUUGAUGGUUGGUUCAAGUAUGCUCGCAAGAUUCACUACACCGCCGACAUGUGGUUUGCGCUGAACUGGGGCCUUAUCACUGGAUUCUCAAGCCCUUUUCCAUGGUUCUACCCUGUCUUCUUUGCCCUGAUGAUAGUGCAUCGUGCGUACAGAGAUGUGCAGAGAUGUAGAGAAAAGUACGGUGACGCGUGGAUUGAGUACGAGAAGAGAGUGCCGUACAUGUUCAUUCCGGUGAGUAUCUUCGUCGUUCAUAGUCGCCUUCUCAUGCUGACGUUGCUGCGCAGUUCGUCAUCUAAAUGCCGCAGAUUUUGUCUUGGGGACGGAACGUGUAAAGUAGUCAACACGGAGAGCGUGCGGAAUAGUGUGGGUCGUGGGUGUUUUUGUGCGUGGCGUUUGAGCUGA